UCUCCAUGAAAAUUAAAAUAAACGUUACUUUGACACACUAGUAGUAGCUAACUCAACUUAGUUCCUAAACUUUUUUAUAAAUAUUAUAUACACAAUUCUUCCAUUACCUACGCUUCCAAAAAUCCAACCUAGCAACACCAAAUUCUUCGUCCCUUCUUUUCAUCUCUCCAUAUAACUCAAACUCCAUAUGAACUUCAAACCCAUUUAGUCAUCUUCUAUCUGUCAAUACCCAACCUAUAUUUCUCUCUUUCUCUCUUUCAUUUUUCUACAUACACACACAUUUUCUUGAGAGGAAGAAGGAAAGAAAGAUGUCUGCAAAGUGCGACCACCAUGGAAGCAAGAAAAAGAAACAACUGAGGCAGUUAUUUGGGUGUCUAACAAUCUUCAUAAUCGCAGUUCUCUUCAUAAUUUUACUGGUUUGGUUGAUCCUGCGCCCAACAAAACCUGUUUUCACUCUGCAAGAUGCAACUGUUUAUCAGUUCAACGUAACACAACCAAACUUUCUGUCAUCAACUCUUCAAAUCACAGUUGCAUCAAGAAACCCAAAUGAUAAAAUCGGUAUCUACUACGAUAAACUCGAUAUCUACGCGUCUUAUCGUAAUCAGCAGAUAACCUUACCAACGGUUCUUCCACAGACGUAUCAAGGCCAUAAGGAUGUUAAUGUUUGGUCUCCGUAUGUUUAUGGGAAUACAAUUCCGAUUGCUCCUUUUCUUGCUGUUUCAUUGGAUCAGGAACAGAAGGCUGGUAUGGUUCUGAUUUAUAUCAAGAUUGAUGGAAAGCUCAGAUGGAAAGUCGGUACUUGGAUCUCUGGUCAUUAUCAUGUCAACGUUAAUUGCCCAGCAUAUUUAACGUUUGGAAGUAAGUUUAAUGGUGUUUCCGUUGGUCCUGCUGCCGUUAAGUAUCAGAUUGGUCGCGACUGUCAUACCGAUGUCUGAUUGCUUAACAAUUUAACACUGUUAGAUUCCGAACUUCUCAAUGGACGACUGCUUCUCAUCAAAUAAUAUCAUCCGAAGUCGACAUCUCAGUGGGGACUUUGCCGACUGAGACGGUAAUCCCAUACAGUUUAUGGCUGAUCCUUUAUUACAUUGGUACUGACUUGCAUCCUCGGGACCCGGGGAGGUGAGAUUUUGCACAAAAACCGUACGGGAUUACCGUCUCACGCGGCCUGCUGGUAAGAUUUGGCGUGUCAGGUGUGUGAGUGUGUACUUUAUUUUAUUUUGUACUCCAAAUCAAGAGAACAUUUCACUUGUACAAAUUUUUGGCAAACCCUAUAGUCAUUUUUUUUUCCGUUUGAAAAAGAAAAAUAAGAGAAUAUUUCACUUGUACAAAUUUUUGG